CCCCUUAACACUGUUCAGCUCUUCUUCAACAUCUCUUUCUCGCAUUUGACCUAUGAUUAUACUGAUUCGCUAAUGCGAAAAGUUUCUUAUAUUUAUCUUCACUCUCGCUUUUGCUCUACUCGCGCUGCUACCAGUGGUGCUAAUGUUAAGAAGUGCUAUUAACACCGUACAAACAGAGACUUCUUCACGUGUUUUUUAUUAAACAGAAUCGAAAAAUCGGAUACCGACUUUUUACAUUCGGUGGUGGUAAUACCAACAACGUCGAAAACGAUAAUAAGGACAUUUUGGAAAAAAGUGUUAGAUGUACGAUGCCUUAUAGUAGUCAAGUGUGCCAUAUAGGUUUAACUGUAUUCCUAUUCCUUUUGCUGGCUCAGAAAGGAUUAGAAGUACAUGGCCGAAAAUUACGUAGAGAGUCCUUCGAGGAAUUAAGUACAGAAGCUGAAGAAGAUGUUGCUGCCCCGGUGUACUAUCAAGGUGACAUUUACUACAUGGGCAAGAAUUUUGAACAAUAUUUUAGUCGUUUGUUUCUCUUUUUGUUAAUAGGAGUUGAUGGACAACCAGGGGUGGACUUUCCAACCCUUUCGUACAUCCCCCGCACAACUUUCAGCUGCACGGAGAUGGACAGUGGAUACUACGCUGACACAGAAACCGGAUGUCAAGUUUUCCACAUCUGCAACAAUGGAGCUAAGGUGUCCUUCCUUUGUCCGAAUGGCACCAUAUUCCAACAGUCAGAACUCAUUUGCGAAUGGUGGUUCAAAGUGAAUUGCUCCGUAGCGCCAACAUUGUACCAGGACAGUGCAGAACAGUUCCAGUUGGAUACACUAAGACGUAAAGAAUCUAGGCGAGUUACAGGAACCUCCAGGCCUACAGUAGUCACCCAGACUCAAAGAUCCUCAACCACUGCUCAAUCUAGAGAAACUUUUGGGCAUCAGCGAACCUCUUCGUCGAGAAGAAACAGCUUCAAUACGAGUCCGAAACCACCUCCGACUAAUCAGUUCCAAGAAAACCGAGGAAGUACAAGCCGCGGACCAACGGUUUACAAGAGCGAUUCCCAACAAGGUUCUAGUGCUAGGAAGACUGGCAAAAACAUAAACAAAGUUUCUUCUGAUGGAUCCAACAUCGAGACCAAAGUUUCUGGUUUUCAACGUAAUGGGUUCCAAUCGACAUCGCGCACCCCAGUGAGCGUUUCUUAUGAAGAAACCCAAAUCCCCGAAGAAAGUGGAUCAUUCGUAAGAAGCCGCUUCAACUCGAUAUCUUCCUCUUCGAAACCUACUACAGAAAAUCCAUAUCCAAACCACAGAAAAUCGUACUCGGACAUUCAAGACCCCAAAGUCUACGGUAAAAGUUACAGCAAGCUUCCCGAGAAAUCUUUUUACGGGACAUCGUUAGGUCCAGAAACACUAUCAACUGUUCCUGUUCUUCACCUCGACACCACAGUAACCCAAUCGCCUUCAAUCGUCCCGCGUGACCCCGUACAAAAAACUACUUCAGUUAAAGAUGAAGAUAAAACAACUGCAGAAGGAAGUGGCUUGAAUGAUCCAGACGCUACAACAAUUAGUGAAUACGACGUUCCGAGUGGAUUUAAUGUCGAUUCGGUGGCUGUGGUGACUACAGAUAUUCAACGAAAAAUCGCCAAAGAGGAAGACAUACAAGUUAACACAUCUGAAAUAUCUACAACCGAAAGCAAACUUAUAUUUUUGAAAACAACUACUCAAUCGCCACGAUCCUUCCAGGCCCAUGCUGAAAGGGAUGAAAAGAGCGACAAAUCACAACAGGAAACCGAGACUCCCAGUUUAGACUUCAAUGUCAACUCAAUCUCCGUCAUACCUUUCCACGCACACUCCAGAAGUACUACAGAUAGGAAUUAUGACCCGUCUACAACUUUAAAUCCUUCAACUGAAAAAAAUUGUAGUACUUUCACGUCCGACAAUUUAAGUACCACUCUUCCAGACUUAUCCAGCCUAGUAUCAAACACUUUAUCUCCAUCGGACUCCACAGAUUCGACUCAAACGAAACUGGAUUCGGGACCAAGCGGAAGCCCACGAAUUGGUUUUGACUAUUUCGGAACAACCGAAUCUUCGCAUCAACAAAGUACCCCCAAUCCCAAUAAUUUUGCUCGGGAAGUAAACGGAGUCGUCUACACGACGGCAUUCCCAAGAGGAUUUACUCUAUCUACUGCAACUAAAAGUGACUUCUCAACAAUUGAAAACAGAAUAAACAAUCCCAGUAAUAAAUUACCCCCAGAUGAAGAAAGCAACAGCAUCCUUGACUUCACACUAUCCACGGUUCCGACGCCUUAUUCCACCACCAACAACCCACCACCUGAAGUUACAGACGAAAAUAUGAAAGAUGUUAUCAAUUCUUUAAUCAAAAUUGCUGAAGAACGUUUAAACAAGGACGAAGAAGCAAGGUUUGCAACCAAUAGGCCAGAUUUAGUUGUUCCUCCGUCUGUAAGCCCAAGCACUUUACAUUCUUUGGCUCUAUACUUUGCCAAUGCUGCCGACAUUAACCAUUCGCACCCGGAGGACGAUUUUAUGAAUUUGAAUCUCACAGCUACGGAGGAACGGACUGUGGUCGACAUGCUUUUGACCGAAGCAACCAGAGUUGGAUACGAAAGUCUCUUCAAAGACCAAACUCAAACACCUGCAGUCGAGGCAAGUACCAAGGAACCGGGAACUACUACUGUUGCUUCUUCCACUGUCGAGGACGAAGAUGCAAAUUAUCCACCACAAAAUACGUCGGUACGUGAACUCGCCAGGUUGUUCACUUCCGCUUUGUCUUCGUAUCUAGACGACCCGGAGAACUUUAGGAAAACCCUACAGGGAGUACGUCCUACAGAGCCACCCGUCGAAGGGAGAACUGAAACGAAUCCGGAAGACGAAGAAGUUUUGAACUUCUCUGACUCUGAUCUUUCCGUUAAAUCUCCACCUGGUAAUUCCCAAAGUACCACGACAGAAAGUACCAUCGGUUCGACAAUUGGAAUUCCAAAAAUUACGACAGAACCUUCAACCUACAAUUCCCAUGUUGUGACGUCGGAGAAACCAGAACCAACGCUAGGUUUCGUCAUAGCGUAUGACUCCAAUAGCGAUUCUGACAAUUCAAUCGAUCAAAACGGAGAAAACCUUCAAACAGCUGAUAGCCAGUCGUUUGUUUCACAAAAUGGUAAUUCACUUGUUCCAGAAAAACAGCACGAGCAAAAAUCAACACUUUUUGACAAAGGCGUCACUACGUACACAGAAAAACCUGAACCUGCGAUUACAUUUAGACCUAGACCAACAGCGAGUUUCAUUCUGGCCUACGGCGUAUCGAAAUCUUCAACUUCAACCGAGUCUUUUCAAACUAAUUUUGGUUCGUAUACAACUGAAAGAGUUGAAACGACCAGUUUCGGCCAAGAAGGUUCAAGAUCCACUUCGUUUUGGACGACAGCAGACGGUCUGCCCAACAACCACUGGACUGCGUCCUCGGAUGUCACCAAACUUUUGCAGUCUGCUUUGGCUUUAGAUCCUUUAACUGUUAACAUUCUUACGACGUCCGGAAUUUCGGGGACUACCGAGUCAGUUGCUGCUACUGAUGAAGCUACAGAAAGAGAAACGUCGACAAAAACCGUUUUGGAAAAUGCCGAGUCUCUCUACACCGAAGCCGAUGGUGUCAACAAUAGACUAAACAAGGUUUUAAUGAAUAUAAUGAAGAACACAACAAACGAAAGGGAAAGGGUCAGGCUCAUACUGGACAAACUGAAUUUAACCGAGGAUGAAUUUAGAAAUAGGAUGAAAGAGAUUGAAUCGAACCCGUUGGCAAAACGAUUAGUACUUUUGUUGGUAGAUCGAUGCAAUAAUAAGGAAAAUGAUAACGGCGAAGGUUAUUCUGCUAAUGAGAUCGGAAGUACUACGGAACAGAUAACAGACACUAAUCCACAGCGUGGAGAUGAUAAUGUGUUUCGGAAGUUCGUCGAUGAAAAUCUAACAGACGAAAACGAAGACACUCGGGCCCUGCAAUUAUUGAACUCGUUAUACGUGAUAGCUUCGAAGUUUAAUAAAUAGAAAAAGAAGAAAGUCUUUAGAAUAGCUAGUAUAAAUAAGUAAGCCAUUGUUACAGGAAUUCCCAAACAACGAAAUAACAGUUUAAUUUGCUGGUUUGUCACACAUCGACUAGAUACGUAUACAAUAAUACAAAUAAGAUCUUUCUAUUUGCCAUUAAACGGGGACGAGUGCAAUUAUAUUGGUCUCGAAUUUUGGGAAAUUCUAGGAAACAUUCUGUUCGAAUUUGUUUAUCGAUCAAAAAUUACAGCACCUGCAACAGGGCUAGGCUAACAAUAAUAAGACCGUUUGCUUUUCUUUUUUUGAACUUGAGAACAAAACACGAACUUCAUUUGUUAUUUAUUUUUACCGAUUUAAAUGUUUCUACAUAAAGUAGUAAUUUAAGAUUAGUACGAUCGUUUUAUGUAAAAGAAAAACACAGAGAGUAAAUGCGGCGCAGUGUGUUGCAUGUAUAUAUGUACAUAUAUAUAAAUAAAUGAAUAAAUACUUAAUGUAUAA